AUGCCUUCGUCCUCCGAUUACCUUCAUCCCCACAGCCGCGCCAGCAUCGCCGGUGACUCCGGCUCCGAUACAGAUCUAGACCUGGAGGAACUCGACCCAACCACAGCACAAAUCCGGGAUGAGCCACCGAGAUACAGGAGCCAGGGCCCUGGAAUAGCGCUGAGAAAUCUGCGAGUCGGUGUAGGGAAUCGCAUGUGGAGACGGACUCCCUCUGGACUUCAACGAAGUUCGGAGGAUAUGGAAGGUUUACUGGAGGAACGCGACGAUGACGGACAACGAAGAUCACACGCAAGUUCACGCAACUAUACGGACGACGAUGCGCCCCUCCUUCACGAGGGCAGGCGCAGUUCCACUCGCUCAUUCAGAGAUGAUGAGCGGGUGUCUCCGCCAGGUCGCCGAUUACGCUUCUCCAGUCUCAAAGCCUCCCUUUUUGGAUAUUCGCGUCGAUCAGCAGCAAACAACAUCCCGGAGACCAAACCGCCUCGAGAUGUCCUAGUUGGGCAGGCCCAAACAUCCAAAUACCCCGCAAAUGUCGUUUCCAACGCGAAAUACACUCCGUGGAGCUUCCUCCCACGGACCCUAUACAACGAGUUCUCCUUUUUCUUUAACAUCUACUUCCUUCUCGUCGCACUUUCACAAAUCAUUCCCGUCCUUCGGAUAGGUUAUAUGUCGUCUUAUAUUGCACCUUUAGCGUUUGUCGUCUCCAUAUCCCUGGGAAAGGAAGCCUUGGAUGAUAUCGGCCGUCGGAGAAGGGACGCGGAAGCAAAUGCGGAGGAAUUUACUGUCCUUUCCUUUGACAGAUCUUUGAGCAGAAGGACACAUCCCGGCGAGCCGCGCCCGGACAAUGACGGGGCGGUGGAGAUAACAAAGAGGUCGCGUGACCUAAAGGUCGGUGACGUCUUGAAGGUUCGCAAGAACCAACGUCUACCGGCCGAUGUUGUGAUCUUGAAGAGCAUAUCCAAUGACUCGACCACAAUCACUAAAGACCCCAUCACGGAAUCUGCAGAUCUUCUCAAUCCAGACCAGGAUCCGGUGGACGCAGAGCCUAGCUCAAGUGCAACGCCAAAUGCUGCGGCUGUCUCGUCGGCCAGCGAUACCUUCAUUCGUACCGAUCAACUCGAUGGAGAAACGGACUGGAAGCUGCGCUUACCCUCCGUUCUAUCUCAAAGUCUCUCCUUCAGGGACUUUACACGAUUGAAGGUCACCGCAAGCGCCCCGGACAAACAGGUCAAUGAAUUCGUGGGUGCUAUCGAACUUGGACCGCCGGCUGGAUUCUACGACCCUCAUCUAAAUAAAACGGACGAACCCGACGAACAUGAGGGCGCGCAAGCAAACUCGGCUCCUCUCACCAUUGACAAUACGGCAUGGGCCAAUACUGUCCUCGCGUCAAACACGAUUACGUACGCCGUCAUUAUCUACACUGGUUCUCAAACUCGCGCCGCGUUGUCAACAUCACCCUCGCGCUCCAAGGUCGGGCUUUUGGAAUAUGAAAUCAACAACUUGACCAAAAUCCUAUGUGCAUUGACCCUCACGUUAUCCAUCAUCUUGGUUGCUCUAGAAGGUUUUGAACCGACCAACGACAAGGAGUGGUACAUCGCGAUCAUGAUCUACUUGAUUCUCUUCUCCACGAUCAUUCCCAUGAGCUUGCGGGUCAACCUAGACAUGGCGAAGUCCGUGUAUGGCAGAUUCAUCGAACGAGACAAAGAUAUCCCGGAUACUGUUGUGAGAACAAGUACAAUUCCCGAAGAUCUCGGCCGGAUUGAGUAUCUCCUUUCGGACAAGACGGGGACAUUGACCCAAAAUGGUAAUCCCAUCUCUGUGCUUUUUAUUCGAAUUAUCAUAUCGCUGACAGUAGUAGAAAUGGAGCUGAAAAAGAUCCAUGUUGGCACUGUCUCCUACGCAAAUGAUGCCAUGGAGGAGGUCGCGUCAUAUAUCCGACAAAGCUUCACGGGCAACUCCCUCACGACACCAUCGGCAGCAUUCGGAACCCAAGCUGGACUUGGAGCGGCUCCGCGGACGAGAAGGGAGAUUGGUUCGCGCGUCAGAGACAUCGUCCUGGCUCUUGCUCUAUGCCACAAUGUCACCCCAACCACCGACGAAGAAGAUGGAGUGAAGGUAACGAACUACCAAGCUUCAUCGCCUGACGAAAUUGCCAUUGUACGUUACACGGAGGAGGUUGGGCUCAAGCUAUCCUAUCGUGAUCGCCAGUCGAUUGUGCUUGAAUCUACCCACACGGGCAACGUUGUUGUGCGGGUCCGCAUCCUGGAGAUAUUCCCCUUCACGUCGGAUAGCAAGCGCAUGGGGAUCAUCGUUCAAUUUGAGACGGGCGAGGAAAUACUGGAGUCACCGAAGACGGAGAGCGAGAUAUGGUUCUACCAGAAGGGUGCGGAUACCGUUAUGUCCACAAUCGUUGCAGCCAAUGACUGGCUGGAUGAAGAAACUGCGAACAUGGCCCGCGAAGGUUUGCGGACGCUAGUGGUCGGACGCAGACGGCUUUCCUCCCAGCAGUAUCAGGAAUUCACCACGAAAUAUAAACAGGCUUCGCUUGCGCUCCACGGCCGAGACGUUGGUAUGGCCAAAGUCAUCGGCGAGUACCUCGAACGGGACUUGGAGCUGCUGGGAGUGACUGGCGUGGAGGAUCGGCUGCAGCGCGAUGUCAAACCGUCGCUCGAGCUUCUCCGCAAUGCAGGAGUCAAGAUCUGGAUGUUGACCGGCGAUAAAGUCGAAACCGCGCGCUGUGUGGCCAUCUCUGCCAAGCUGGUUGCCAGAGGCCAGUACAUCCACACGGUUGCUAAAUUCAGAUCGGCCUUUAUCUCCGUGGCCGUCCUUCUCCCCGCUGUCAUUGCCUGUCGAUGCUCUCCCACGCAAAAGGCCGAGGUGGCCGAUCUGAUUCGACAUCACACCAAGAAGCGAGUAUGCUGCAUCGGAGAUGGCGGAAACGACGUCUCAAUGAUCCAAGCCGCAGACGUCGGAAUCGGCAUCGUCGGCAAAGAGGGACGUCAAGCCUCUCUCGCCGCUGAUUUCAGCAUCACCCAAUUCCAUCACCUCACCAAGCUCCUCGUAUGGCACGGACGCAACUCUUACAAAAGAUCCGCCAAAUUAGCCCAGUUCAUCAUGCACCGUGGUCUCAUCAUCAGCGCCUGUCAAACCAUGUACAGCAUUGCCAGCCAUUUCGACCCGAAAGGCCUGUUCAUCAACUGGCUCAUGGUAGGUUAUGCGACGGUCUACACCAACGCCCCGGUCUUCUCGCUCGUGUUCGACCGGGACGUGGACGAAGAACUGGCCAACCUCUACCCCGAGCUGUACAAGGAACUCAAGACAGGCCGCAGUCUCAGCUACCGGUCGUUCUUCGGCUGGGUGCUCGUCUCCGUCUACCAAGGUGCUGUGAUCCAGGGCUUAUCCCAGAUUCUCCUCGACACGAUAACGGGCCCGCGGCUGAUCAGCGUGUCCUUCACGGCGCUUGUCCUCAACGAGCUCCUCAUGGUCGCCAUUGCCAUCACCACGUGGCACCCGGUGAUGAUCUUCUGUAUUAUCGGGACCGCCCUGGUCUACGCCGCCAGCGUUCCCUUCCUCGGGAGCUACUUUGACCUGAGAUACGUCAUCACGGUCGACUGGCUCUGGCGCGUGGUCGCCGUCUGCGCUGUGGCCGUAGUGCCGGUUUGGGUUGGGAAACUGAUCAAGCGGUCCUGGCGCCCGCCCAGCUAUCGCAAAGUGCGUGGCUGA